UUGAAACAUGCGAAAAGCCACUACCAAGAUUUUAUGAAACUCGUAUCUUUGGUUUUAAAGAAAGUGUGCUGUAAAAUUUGGUUGCUUUUUGGAACAAGCUCCAAUUCCUAUUUUUGAAGACUGCAACAAUUGGAACCAACUCUUAAGAACUUUUGUUGGCGAUUCUAGUUGAUUUUGAUUAGAUUGCAACUGCAGUUGUUAGUUUGUGAUUUAAUGUGGCAUUGUAACCAUGAAGAAUAAAUACACUCCUGUUUCAGAUUCUGAUGAGUCUUUCAAAACACUCAUUGAUGAAAAGACAGACAUCCAUUCUUCAGAUGGUACGCCUCCUCCUUAUUCAGCUUCAAACAAAUUUAUCGAUUUAGAAAUGGCUGACGGAUCCGCUCAGAAUUCCGCCCAAGAAUCUGUUGAUAACACCAGGUCGGAUCCUUUAACAAAUGAGAAGUGGUGGGAAAACUUUUCCAUAGGCACAGCGACUAUUAUACUCUUUUAUAAUGUUGUUUGUCUAGUCAUAAUUUUUGGUUACAAGGUUUCUCCGUAUUCAAUAGCUUUUUAUUGGCUUGCUGCCAUUUCUAUUGGAUCUAUUUUUAUUUUCCUAUUAACGAUUCUUGUAACGUAUCCAGGAUGGUACAGGGAAGCUGGAAGAGCAACCAAAAAGGUUCUGAAGAAAUCUGGAAGAGCAAUAAAGAAAUUCACACCAGCUGUAUGUAAAGCCCUAAUUAUACUGAUAAGUUGAAUGGAGUCGGGGGUUAUGUUUUGAAACUAGCAGGAGGCUUCGAAUAUAUACAUUCAGCCAUGGUGUUGGUUGUUCUGGCCGUAUUGAACAUAUGCUUGUUUGUUCUUCUCGUUCGUAACCCAGACAUUGUUGAAGAUCAUGUGACUACACGUCUAAACAACAGAAUUAGAAGGAAUGGUCAACCUCGUAACGAAGAAACCGAACUUCAACCUCUCGCUGAGCAAAGCUCUGAAGUUUGAAUGUGAGUGUGAGUUUCACCGAACUUGCUUUCAUUUUUUGUACUUCGCCUUCGCCCCUUCCUUGGGAUCAUCGAUGUCAAUUGCAGUCCACCAAGAUCCCUGUGUUUGCUGUCACAAAAGCUUGAAUCUGAUGAGUCCAGAAGACUUUGAUUGCUUUAGUAAUUCACUCUUUUACGACUUUUCUAAUUAGUUCACAGCACUGUUGUUUAUGCACCGUUCAUUUUCUUCGCAAUCGGAAUAGAACAUCCUUUUUAAUGAUUUUGACAACGAAUAUUGCAUGGCAAUGAGCUAUUGUUUAGUUCAACAUCGAGUCGCGUAAUUGAUUAUGUUUUAGAAUUGGCAAGAAUGAAUGUGAGUUUCGAUAGUUAUUAUUUUCAUUCAGUAUAGCAAGCACGAAUCUUCAGAUCAAAAAGAUCAAAAGAUCAGACAUAUCUUAAUACAUUGAUUAAACAUUCA